UCCAAAACCUUCCAUUACUCCAUUACCCAACCCCACAUCACACACAACCACACAACUUCAACAUCUUAAUCCUAUUCUUGUUGAUUUUAAAGAAUCCAUCAACUAGCUUAUCCACUUAUUGUUCUUCAUUUUUCGUGACAUGGGUGACAAUAAUAAUGUCAAUCUUCCACCUGGUUUUCGAUUCUGCCCGACUGAUGAAGAACUCGUCGUUCACUUUCUUCAACGCAAGGCCUCUCUCUUACCAUACCACCCCGAUAUCAUCCCUGAUCUUGAUCUCUAUCCUUAUGAUCCUUGGGACUUGGAUGGAAAAGCUAUGGCUGAAGGAAAAAGGUGGUAUUAUUACAGCAGGAGGACACAAAAUCGAAUAACGACUAGCGGCUAUUGGAAAUCAUGGGCAUGUGAUGAACAAAUUAUAAGUUCAAGUAGUAGCAAACGAGUUGGUGUGAAGAAAUAUUAUGUGUUUCAUGUCGGUGAAGCUCCUGAAGGUGUUAAAACUAAUUGGAUAAUGGAGGAAUUUAAACUCUCUAGUAAUGCUAGUUCAUCUUGUAGUAGUAGCAGCAAUGGUAGAUCGAAAAGAAGAGGCAACUCCAAAGUAGAUUUAAGCAAGUGGGUCAUAUGUCGAGUGUUCGAGCAUAGUUGUGACGACGACGACAAUGAUGAUGGGACAGAGCUUUCAUGUUUGGAUGAAGUUUUCUUAUCGUUGGACGAUUUCGAUGAAAUUAGUUUUCCAAAUUAAGGAAGAGAAAGAAAGAUACUAAUCAAGGGACCUACAAGGAGCUAAAAGGACCUAAUGUAUCUUGUUCAGUUAAUGUCAACUUUUAUAAUGUAUUUAACCAGGACAAUACUUCUUUGGUUAUCACGUAAUGACUUGCAUUAAGAAUUUGAAGUAAAAUUGUUAUAACAUUCAAGUUUAUAAUA